UUUAUUCAGAUGCAAACUCAGGGUAUUCAGACAUCUCUCCUACCAAUGGUUGCUGGCAUUGUACCUGAGGCUACAAUUGGCACCGCGGAUUUGCCACCAGAAUGGGCACCAAACCAGUUCUCUUUCCCACCUUCUUAUCCUGGAAAUCUAAUAAAAGAAGCAGUUGGAACCUAUUCAAACUCAACAAGCAUGUCUUCAGUAGGGACACAACAACAAAUUUCACCAGAUGAUUUACAAAAGCCAUAUGAACACCCUCCAAUGACCAGGCAAGAUCGAAUCCUACGUUAUUUUGAGAAAAAGAAAGCAAGGAAGUAUCAAAAGAAAGUAAUAUAUUCAUCGAGGAAGACGUACGCGCAGACUCGGCCUCGAAUACGGGGCAGGUUUGCAAGGAGUUCUCAAACGGAUGCUAGUGACAAAACAGCUGUUUGAAGUGGUCAUGAUAAGAAAAGCACAAGCUUUAGGAUAGAAUAUUGCUAAAGGGAUGUUUUAAAGUUAUGUAGAUUGAUAGUGUUGGUACCUUGAUAAAGUUCCACUAUGAAACCAAAAUUGUAAUGGACUGGAUUUGAU